AUCCUCUCUCACCCUCUGCUCAGGAAGCCAGAUAGCCAGCCUAUUUUGACAAUGCUCAUAGAAAAGUACUUGGGAUUUGUUUAUUCUGGACUAUGUCUCUGGGCAUACUUGUUCCUGUCUUUCUUUAAAGUCUCUCAGCAGGGUGAAAGCCAGAGACGCUUGUACAGAGAACUGCUGAGAAACUACAAUCGUCUUGAGCGACCAGUAGUGAAUGACUCCCAACCCCUUGUAGUCGAGCUCCAGCUUUCUUUGCUGCAGAUAAUUGACGUGGAUGAGAAGAAUCAGAUGUUGAUCACAAAUUCUUGGCUGCAGAUGUCCUGGGUUGACGUUUACUUGUCUUGGGAUCAGUAUGAAUACCCAGGAGUGCAGAACUUGCGAUUUCCAGCUGACCAGAUCUGGGUACCAGACAUUCUUCUGUAUAACAGUGCAGAUGAGAGAUUUGACUCGACAUUUCACACAAAUGUGCUGGUGAAUUACUCUGGAUCCUGCCAAUAUAUUCCUCCAGGCAUUUUGAAGAGCACAUGUUACAUUGAUGUCCGCUGGUUCCCCUUUGAUGUGCAGAAGUGUGAUUUGAAGUUUGGCUCCUGGACUCAUAGUGGCUGGUUGAUUGACCUGCAGAUGCUAGAGGCUGAUAUUUCCAACUACAUCUCAAAUGGAGAAUGGGAUUUAGUGGGUGUUCCAGGAAAGAGAAAUGAGUUGUACUAUGAAUGCUGUAAAGAACCAUAUCCAGAUGUGACAUAUACGAUCACCAUGCGCCGACGCACCCUCUACUAUGGCUUGAACCUACUCAUUCCCUGCGUUCUCAUAUCCGGCUUGGCAUUGCUUGUUUUCCUUUUGCCAGCUGAUUCAGGGGAGAAGAUUUCUUUAGGUAUCACUGUUCUGCUUUCUCUGACUGUAUUCAUGCUGCUUGUGGCUGAGAUCAUGCCUGCAACUUCCGACUCAGUUCCACUUAUAGCUCAAUAUUUUGCUAGCAUCAUGGUCAUCGUUGGUCUGUCUGUGGUGGUAACAGUUCUGGUUCUGCAGUUUCACCAUCAUGACCCACAAGCAGGCAAGAUGCCCAAAUGGAUCCGUGUCAUCCUGCUGAAUUGGUUUGCUUGGUUUUUACGAAUGAAGAAACCAGGAGAAAAUAUAAAACCCCUCUCUUGCAAAUAUAGCUAUCCUAAGCAACUUGUGAGCGUAAACAGCACGGAGAUAAAUGUCCUACCUGGGCACCAGUCUAGCAAUGGCAACACAAUCAAUAGCUACCACACAAUGGAUAAUCCAUGCUACCCCCAAAAGAAUGAUCUGAGUAGCAAGAGCGGAAAGAUUACUUGCCCCUUAUCAGAAGAUAUUGAGCUUGGUCAAAAGAAAGCUUUAAGUGAUAGGCUUCCGGUAAUUAUGAAGAUCCUGGAGGAAGUUCAGUUCAUAGCAAUGCACUUCAGGAAACAAGAUGAGGGUGAAGAGAUCUGUAGUGAGUGGAAGUUUGCAGCCGCUGUCAUAGAUAGAUUAUGCCUGGUUGCAUUUACCCUUUUUGCAAUCAUUUGCACAUUUACAAUACUCAUGUCUGCUCCAAAUUUUAUAGAAGCUGUUUCAAAGGAUUUUGCAUAAGGAUUUCAAAGAUAAGCAAUAUAAUUUCAAAGUGGAUAUUGCCAGUAAUUUUGCUAGAUGAUUAACUCAAAUAAAGAAGUGUACUUAUAUGUGCUAAAAUACACAGAAGGGGAUGAAAAUAAUUUCAGGAGGUAAUUAUUCCUGAUGUUAGUAAUUGUAGUUAUUGAAUAGUAAGCAUAUUAUCUGUUACUUAUUUAAUAGACUAGUGCCACAUGUAAUUAUGUCAUUAUCUGUGAUAACUGAGAGACCAAAAUUCAAAUCUACAUUUUAUAUAUUACAACUUAUCACACGGGUCAAUAUAUUACUGUGAAUUUGUGAACUUUUUGAUAUUGUUAGUAGUUUAACUGAUUGGUCACUAUUAACUUCACAGCAUUUUUUUUGUUUCAGUAUACUUGUGUUUUAUCAUUUUUGUUUAAUGUGGCUGUGACAUUCACUUCUCAGAUUUGACAGACCUAUAUAUCCUCACAGUCUUAUGAUGCUGUAUAUUGUAUUUAAGAAAAUAAACUAUCAUCGUGUUCGCUCUUACUAGUGCAGUGACUGGAAUGUUUUCACAA